AAAAGGUCUAGACAGACGGUAGCGUAUGGGUUCCGUCGAACGACGGAAAAAGGCGAAGGCGAAGGCGAAGGCGAACGGAGGAGGAAGUAGGUCGGAGAGAAUUCUCGCUCCUCGAUGGAGACACGAGGAGCCACCGGCUGACUGCCGUCGUCAGUCUCGCCAAGAUAUCUCGGGAGUCAACAGGUGCGUUUUAGGAGCCGACACGCUCCUUCCUCCUCUUUCGUUCUUUUUAUCCUUCUUUAUUUCUUUUUUUUUCCUCUGUUUCUAUUUUUUUCUUCUUUUUUUUUUUUUUUUUUUUUUUCUUUCCUCGUAUCGUAUCAUCGAAUUCAACAAAGCUGGCCUCUGAACGUAUAAAGGCAUCGAGGAUUGCUAAUAAAGAAAAAGAAAAGGAAAUAAAACAAAACAAAAAAAAAAGAAAAAACAAAAGAAUUUUGAUUUUUCCUCUUCCGUUUUUUGCCUCUACUUUAUCUCGAGAUAGAAAGGAGGAGAGAGAGAGAGAGAGAGGGAGGGAGGGGGGAGAAAAGAAAAAAGAAAAAUCGCGAGAAUCGUUCGGUGAAGAUCGCAAUAUAGAGCUGCAAGAUGUCAACGAAGGCAAUAUUUAUUCUAGUCUUGGCAGUUUUGAUUAUCGAGAGUUUAGCGAUAGAUCUGCCAAAGCCUGGUUACGCUAGGACAAUUUUAAAAGUAUCUAGAAGUCUUCCGGGUGAGACCGAGGAAUUAAAGAUUAGAACGAGCGAAGGUAAUUUGGCAACUUUGAUAGUAAAACGACGCGAAAAGUCAACGUCGAUGUUCGAUGAAGACCGUAUCGAUGUUACCGAAAAGAAAGGGAACGUCAGCGAAUACGAUAUUUCAUCAAAUAGAAAAAACGAAUCCGUUAGCGAAAACGAUGAGAAAAAGAGGAAGGAAGAUGUAAGGAAAAUGGAAGAGGCACAAGUCGAGGAGAUCCGUGCGAAAUUUGUUAAACCCGAGGAAAUCUCAGUAAUCGAGAAAUCGAACGAGUCUGAUCAAAAUGAAACGAAAAGUACGAUGACUCGUACUAUCCGACCAAUCGGCGAAAGGAAUAUCGAUUAUGGAAAUUGGACGCCAUUAGGUGAGGAUGGUAGAGCUUUGAAACUCGGAGAGACCACUACCGAGGAAUAUCACAAUUGGAAGCCCUUAUCGCCUGAUAGAAAGUUGCCGGUUGAACAAGGCAGAUCGAGUUACGUUAAUUUCGGUGAUUCCACUUAUACGAACAACGGAUUAAUAUUCGUAAGAAAUCUACAAGACCGAACACAGAGAAAUCUUGAUUUUGUCGACGAGAAGAAUAAUCAAGCCACGCAGUAUACGUUCCUGCCGCAUCAGCCUAGACAAUCGACCAGGACUAACAUCGGUGCCAAUCUAUCGAAGAACAGAGAUGCCAAAAAUGUUCCACCCGAAGUAAUCAUCAGAUCGGAAAUCAAUGUCAAGUCUCAUCCAAAGAGAUCGCCCAUGUCUUUGGACAGCGACGGUACGCCUGUGAUACAUGGCAAACGCGUCCCUGACGAACCUAUGGAUAAAAUUCAAACUUGGCGCAAUGCCAGAAUCAUCAACAACAAGCUGAUAACCGAGAGUACGAGUUCCAAUCCUAUGGAUUCCUCCGGUGUUUAUUAUUCGUCCGAUCAUCUAGCGGAGAGACAAAGAUUCGAAAGAUUCUUCAAGGAUAUCAAUCGUAGAUAUGGAAGAAAUUACGAGGACAAUGGUAGAAACGUUUACUUCGAAUGGGAUCCAAAAAAUUACAAGAACGAAGCUCUGAACGCCGAAGUUUACGAAACAAGGAACGACAACUAUCGAGCCAAUGUACAAAAACGAAUGUUACAUCCCGACAGCGUCGUCAAUUACCCGGUCUCGCAACUUUACACUCCGGAAAGUCAAAAGAUUUCGUCAGUAUCGGUAAAACCUGGAGUGAGAGCUCCCGUUUUACAGUAUGCUCAUCCCGAAUUGGGCGUCCAACCGGCUAAGAUCGUAAAGAACGAGAAAAGACGACCGGAGAGUCAUAUGGAUAAUUAUCAGCACUCGAACGGACAAUAUACGUUUAUGGAGCAACGUCAAAAAAAGAAAUACGUACUGAACGAUAAGAAUAUAGUUGAUACUUACACAACAAAAAAUUACUAUCCUAAUCAACACUUUUAUGGCCUGAAAAGGCCGAGCGACACACCGUUUUGGGUGAAAAUAUCGGAGAAUUUGAAGAAUCAAUUUUCCAACGGGGUAGAAAAGGUAUCCCAAUUCACCAAGCCAGUGUUCGAUCCAUUGGUCGAGGCCACGCAUAAAAUAUCUCAAAAUUUAGGCUUGUCGAAUGGCAAAGAGGCACAGGAUAAGAUCGGUACUGUGGCUUCUGGCACAAGCAUUCUAAUACCUGCUCUUGGUCUCGUUGCGUCUGGUGCUGCACUCGGAAUUGGUGCUGUGGCAGUGGGAAGAUAUCUUGACGUCGACGUUCUAAAGAGAUCCAACGAAGAUACUAUCGAUCUGGAACAUAAAAGAGCGAUGGAAAUGGAUCCCUCGUUUUUCGAAGUAACCGAAAAGCAGAGAAAAGAUAACAACGACUUCCAAUUGUCUCCGCAUGUAUCAACGGACAAUGAUCUAUUUUUGGUGCUGGAACAAGAGAAGGAAAUUCCAGAGACUUUGGAAAAUAAUCAACGCAAUAGAAGGAGUCUGGAUUAUUUGGAUAUUUUUAAUGCCGAGGCUGAUGUCGAGAGUCUUGAAAAGAGCAAGAGAUUACAGAGGAAAGGGGCAGAUUCGAUCACCGAGAUAGUUGAGAUUGAUCUACCUGCAGCCGCCAAGGGUAACAUCGAUGUCACUGAAUUUUUGAUUCCUAGAAAAAAUACUAAGAAGGAGAAGGAAAUGGGAAAGGACAGAACGAUUUUUGUUAUCGGAGAUGAUUCUAUAUCUGAGGAAAUGAUAAAAAAGGAUCUUGGUACCGAUGUAACCAACAAAGAUUCCUUCAUUAAGGUUGCAAGGAUAAUCGAGGAAGCGAUUGAAAGAUCUAAAAAAAUAUCUACGGAGGAACGGAAUAAAACGAGAAGGAAAAGAAGUACGGAAAUUGAUGAUCAGGAAUUAGACGAUAUAUUGCAAAAUCUGGAAAACGCCGAGGUUGCCGAAAUUGCACAUAUCAAUGGGGACUGGACCAAUACACCCUGCGCAAAAAGGAUAUUCUGUGACACUAUGAUUCAAAAGGAUCCCGACGCUUCGAUCUUCAUGGAAAAGAAGAUGGCUAAGUUGUUGGGUCUAAUUCAGCCCGGAGCAGCCAUGCAAGUAUCGAGUCAUUUCGAGGAAGUAAUGGACGCCAUCAGGAGGCACGAUUGUUCGAGUUUUCUUUGCCCUCAAGCUAGACCUGGAAAUAUUUUCUUCUAAUCAUCAUCGAUAAGAGGAGGACAACUUUCCUCAUUUCUUUUUCUCUCCUUCUUUUUCCUUUCCUUUUCUUCAACUUUUCUCUUUCCUUUCCUUUUUAGUCACGUCGAAGGAGAUCUUUACUGAUCAAUUGUACAUAAUUGCCAUCGAGGCGAGAUUUUAUUUAAUGAUAUGCACAUUCUAUUUUAAUUUAAUUCUAGAAACUCUCACAAGACAUCAAUCUAUCUCGUGAGUUCGACGAAAGAACGAGUAACUCGUUUCCCAAAUGGCUUUCUGCGAACGCACGAUUGCAUGAGCGCGAUCCCUUUUGAUCUCCUUGUUAGAUUAUUCGAGAUCAAAAGAGAUAAUAGCGUAAGAGUGUUAAAUUUAAUAGAACGUGUCCUGCAAAGAGAGUUUAUCGUUUGCUUUACAUGUAUGUACCUACAUAUAUCAUAUUUAUUUCUAUACCGUGUGAUCUCCCCAAGGAUCACACGGUUCGUAUUAUAUACAAAGGCCAAUGAAUAAAUGAUAUUUUUUACGUAAAAAGAAAAAAAAAGAAAUUAUCAUUAUUAUUGUAUUAGCUUUCCAUUGAAUAUAUACAAAAUAUCGUCAAAAAUA